AUGAAGUUGGUAGAUGUAUAUGGUUAUGAAGAUCUGCCAGCUGUAUUUAACGAUAUGGCUUAUGUUCCAUUUAAUAUCCAUGACGUUGCUUUGAGGUAUGAAGAUGAUGCCAUUUACGUAGGGAGUUUGUUCAAGAACAAAGAGCAUUUUAAAAUCACGGUGGGUAUAUAUGCUAUAAAGGAGCUCUAUCUAUACGGCAAAGGAAACGUGGUAUCCACUUGCAAAACACGCUGUCUGCCUUGUCCACAUACAGAGAAAUAUUGGUAA